AUGAGAAAAUUGCUCAUUUUAUUUUGCCAUUUAGCAAUUGCUUUUCGCCCAAAACAAGUCAACGAAACUUGCCCUGACGCUGAUCUUGGUGAAAUUUGUGAUGGACAUUGUUUCUCAACAUUUCUGAGCUGCAAGGACGAUUGUGAGUCCGGCUCUUGCGAAAGAGAAUGCCUCUUUGAUUAUACAGACUGCUAUUCGAACUGUCCAUGCUACCAGAACUGUGAGAAUGGAUGCGUUGAGUGCAUGAAUCCAAUCUGUUCAUGUGUAUCACCCGAAAAAGACAAUGCUUUUUAUCAACACUGCAUUGAUGAGAGUCAGAAAAACUUCGGAAAAUGUGUGAAAGCAUGCGUUGCUCAAGAGAUUUGCUACGAUGCUUGUUAUUCUGACUUCAUUGUCUCGUCGAGAAAAUGCCCAUGUAAUGCAGGGUGUGAGCUUGGUUGCCCCUGCGAGUCAGGUUAUGAUUGUCAACCUUUUAUAAUGGCCCUUUGUCAAAGCUCUGAACCACCAAAAAUUGAUUUCGGUUACGUUAUAUCAGCUGAUGGAAAUUUCAAGGAAAAUAGGUUUUAUACAAGUCAACAAGGAUCGUUCAUUGAAAGAUCUGGACAUGCCGUAUUGAAUGGAGAAAUGUUCAUAUUUGGUGGUCUUCAAAAUCCGAAAAAAAUUGGUAAAAUUGAUGAAUGCAAUUUUGUUGACACUGGGAUGAAGCUUAUCAAUGACUUUUUGUCUAACUCUGGAGCACUUGUGACCGUGCAUGAAAUUCACGAUGAAACAAUUUUGUGCCGAGGCGAAAUUGAAUGCGAGGGAUUUGACGGAGUAUCGUCGAAGCCAAUAGCAUCAACGAAAGAGAAACAUUUCUUUAGUUGUAUGGCACUUUAUGAUUCACAGCCCAUAAUCAUCGCUGGAAUCGCUUCGAGUUCGGUCGAAGCUCUUGCUGUAACGGGCUGGCAGACGGAAACCAAGCAUCCCUCUGGGACUAUUCGAGGCACAACUUGCGUUUCUCUUGAUCAUGGAGUUCUCGUUAUUGGAGGUUAUGUAGAUUCGCACCAAACCAAAGCAUAUUCUUACACUGAUUCUAAGUGGUCCAUGAUUGGUGAAAUGAAACAGAAAUUUUAUGGAGGAUCAAUGAUAUUAUUUGACGAUUUUUUUCUGGUAUUUGCUGGAAUAGGUGGCGGGUCAUUUGCCGUUGAACGCGCAGAAUGGAAUGGUGAAAAAAUAACUUCUUCUGAGGUUUUAUUCCAUCAUGAAAAUGGAUGCUACAGGCCGAUAGUCUUCGAGACGUAUCCUGACCAUUGUGAAAAUUUCUGUUCCGAUGAUUUCUGCUAUGUUUAG